GCCGCGCAGUCACUCGUUCGAAUCGCGGGACGCGGGCCGCGCGUCAGUGCUCCAGCGGACGCGAUCGCGCGCGUACGUGUCGUUCUCACGAGUAUCGUCCGAGCCGGCGAGAUCGUCCGAGAUCCCGAGGAGAAGAUCGUGUGCGUGCUGAAGAGAGAGAGAGAGAGAGAGAGAGAGACGGGUGCGUGCGUAGCGAGUGCGAACUAAUUGAGUGCGGUGCGUGUGAGUGCAAGUGGAAGGAAGUGCCGUUGUGCUUCGUUCGUUCGCGGCGACGAGCGAGAUCGGAGCGGAAACGAUCCAGCGUCGACGUGACAAGUUGUCCCGUGACAUACCGAGCGCCCUUCCUCCCGGCGUUCCUCGCGAGCGAGCGCGCGGAGGGCUCUUCCCCGUGGAAUUUUUCCAGAAGCAGGCGGGCGGCCUCCUCUCCUCUCGGAGUGUCUCGCGAGCGCGAGCUCGCCGCGACGAUACCGUGCCCAUCGGCAUCGCGCCGAAGGUCGGCAAGUCUCUGUCAAUACGAGCGCAACGUCCGAGAUCCCGGGCGGCAGGUCGAGCUGCGGCAAGUGUCUGGACGAGAUGAGACUUAUGCAGAGGUUAGCGAUCAGCGGGCUGCUGUCCGUGAUCUUGAUCCUCCUCAUCACCGGGACGUUCGUGUCGCGACGCGACCUCGCGAACGUCGUCGAUCGCGGCGUCGCGCCGGAGGAGCGCAACGAGCAGACCAAUCCAGCCUGGGUGCAGGACAACGCGGUGCCCGGCCAGGACGAGCCCGAAAUCGACGACAAGGAUAAGGACAAGGAGCGGCGACUGGACGCCAAGCAUCGGCAGUCCCAGCCGUCGGCGGUCGGCCCACCUUCCGCGUCUGUUCCUGGCGUUUACGUCAUUAGAUCGCCCAAUCCGCCGUUGGACGAUGUGACUAAUCAACGGCGUGAGAAAGUCAAAGAGAUGAUGAAGCAUGGUUGGGACAACUAUGUGCGGUACGCGUGGGGGAAGAACGAGCUACGACCGAUCUCGAAAAGGGGCCACAGUGCCAGCAUCUUCGGGGCCUCCAACAUGGGCGCGACCAUCGUCGAUGGGCUCGACACUCUUUACAUCAUGGGUCUCCAUGACGAGUUCAAGCAAGGACGCGACUGGAUCGCCGAGAACCUGGACUUCGAUAUCAAUUCCGAAAUAUCACUGUUCGAGACGAACAUUCGUUUCAUGGGAAGCCUGCUCGCCUGUUAUGCUCUCACAGGGGACGUGAUGUUCCGGGAUAAGGCGGCGCAGCUCGGCGAACGGAUGCUGCCUGCUUUCCAGACGGAAACCGGAAUUCCUCAUUCCCUCAUCAACCUCCAUACCGGAACCAGCAAGAAUUACGGUUGGGCGAGCAGCGGUUGCAGUAUUUUAUCCGAGAUCGGAACGAUGCAUCUCGAGUUUACCUACUUGAGCGAUAUAACGAAUAAUCCAGUGUUCAAGAGUAAAGUCGAGAACGUAAGAAAGGUCUUGAAGAGCUUGGACAAGCCGAGAGGACUCUACCCGAAUUAUAUCCAUCCAAGGACGGGCAAAUGGGGUCAACAUCAUAUGUCGCUUGGUGGACUCGGCGACAGUUUCUAUGAGUACCUGCUGAAGGCGUGGAUUCAAUCAGGCAAGGAGGAUAUCGAGGCACGCGAAAUGUAUGACGAGGCCAUAGCCGCUAUAACCGAGCACAUGAUCAAGACAUCCCCUGGCAAACUUGUAUAUGUAUCGGACUUAAAAUACGACAGGCUCGAGCACAAAAUGGGUCACUUGGCUUGCUUUGCCGGCGGCAUGUUUGCUUUGGGAGCUAAAACUGUGGAAAACGAAUUAUCCGACAAGUACAUGAACAUCGCUGCCGGUCUGACGAACACGUGCCACGAAUCUUACGACAGAAGCGUGACAAAAUUGGGCCCAGAAGCUUUCCAUUUCAUCGAGGGCAACGAGGCCAGAAGUUUAAAGAACGGCGAGAAAUAUUAUAUCCUGCGACCUGAGACGUUCGAGUCGUACUUCGUGAUGUGGCGGCUAACAAAGGAUCCAAAGUAUCGCGAAUGGGGUUGGGAGGCAGUUCAAGCACUGGAGAAACAUUGCCGGGUCCCCGGGGGAUUCACGGGACUUAACAAUGUUUACCUGGCCGACUCCGCGAAAGACGAUGUCCAACAAAGUUACUUCUUUGCUGAAACGUUAAAGUAUCUCUAUCUUCUGUUCAGCGACGAUGAUCUCAUAAGUCUAGACGACUGGGUAUUCAACUCUGAGGCUCACGUGCUUCCCAUCAAAGGCAAUCCUCUGUACCGCCCAGCAUCCCCUUUAUAAAACGGACAAGUUUACGAUAAUUUGGGUGACAUCGACUCUUCUCAAUUCGCAAUAACGAAGUCGAAAGAUAGUAAUAUACAAUGGAUCAAAAUUAUAUAACAUUUACAACAUUUUACUUUGUAUUAACUUAGAACAAAUAUUUGGUCGAUUUUUAUAAAGUAUCAUAAAAGAGUAUAUAUUACAAGAGAAAGUUCGAUAUACU